GCUUCCCUCUCGCGAUUCCCGUUUUCAUAUCAAAAUGUGCUCACGAUCGUGCUCGUGCAGAUAAUUUACGCAUUACCCGAAGAUUUUCGUUAAUAUUUCAGUAAAAGUGCUACCAAAAUGUAUCGAAUGCUUAGCUUAAGAAGCCUAUCUAAGAAUAAGAACAAAAUAUUAUCCAAUAAGACUAGUGUUGUGCGGCUCAAUCCGGAGCUGAUAUGCUUCGAGAAUUUUACCCAUUUAUGUAACCAGCAGGGUGGAGCUGUGCCCGAAGAGAUCACACUGCUGAGAAAUGAUGUUUCCACAAUCAAAUUCGACAUAAUCAAACGUGUUCACUCGACUACUCCAACACUCGAAGUGCUGGAGCUUGCAGAAAAGAAAAAACGGAAGAAAAGUACUGGCAAAAAAUUUACAGAAUUGUUGAAAGUUACUGACACAUCAACCAAGCAGACCAAAGCUUCGAUUCAGCAAUUGAAAGCUAAGAAGCUGUCGGAUUUUAUCAAUUCACAAAUUUCUCGCAAACAGUGCCCGUCUUCAGUGGGGGAAUCCUCUGUCGGUCAGAGGAGUAGCUUGCAGAACACUCCAGAAGCAUCCGAAUUAAAUUUUGUAGAAACUCCCGUAAUCUACAUCGGCAAAGAUAUGAAGGAGACAGAAUUACCCAAUGCAACAUUGGCAGAAAUUCUUGAAAGCUAUCGCACGCUCAAAGAACUUCACGAGAGGCGUCAUUCGGGUGGAGCAAUAGCCGUGGAGGAUGCCAUUGAAGAGGAAUUUCUUGAACCGAACGAGGGUUUAGUAGAAGAAGGGAUCAUUGAAAUUCCCCCUGUUCAGAAACAGAGACGUAAGUCAAAGAAAGAUAAACAAGCACCAGAAAAAGGCAAAAAGUUCUCUUCGAAGUAUUACAAAAGCUCCGAACUGGAAACGUUGGCACGACAGAAAAGCUUCCACGUUACGCUGCAUGCCUAUUUGGAUAUCUGCCUCACUAGCGGGAUGAUUAAUCGUGCCUAUGCAACCGUGCUGAACUACAGGCACAAGCGGAAACGAAAAGUUUUAGAUGUAGAAAUCUACAACAUCCUUUUACAUGGUUAUGCCGAGAAUGGUAACAUUUUGAAAAUCAAGGACAUCAUGAAAAUUUUGAAGGAGGACAACAUUGAACCGAACCCACAGACCUAUGCUGCCAUUUUCGAGUGCCUUGGUCGGUUAGAAACGACCGAAGAAGUGAAAGACGAUGCACAUGCCUACCUCCUAGAAAUGGAAGCCAAAGGAUACACUAUGGACAUAGUGUUGGAUCGCAGUAAGUUUAUACGUGACCAGCGAGAAACUGUGCUUAGUUUGUUCAGUGAGCUGAACGCAGGUUAUAGUCCGAAAUAUACUGCUCCGCCGUUACUUUACAGCAACCAUUUACUGAAUGUGCUGAAUGAGACCGUUAAACCAAUCGAUGCACAGAAACUCAGCGAAGGUGAUGCAAAAGUGACCGGUUCAGAAAUUAUGAUCCCAAAAGCAGGAUUCACUCGGGAUCAACUGGAACAGUUUAGUAAAUCGCAAGUAGAACUCGAAUUGAAGGGAUAUCUCACGGUGAAAAGCAUACAAGAAUUUCCCGAACUGAACGAAACGGUUAAGCAAUAUCGCAAAGAACUGGAGGAGCUUCGAAAAGUUUGGGCCAAACAAAUCACGAUGGCGUUUCACCGCGACGUAAACACUCUGAAAGCAGUGACAGAAUCCAAAUCGAGCCGAGCCAUAAAUCUGUUCCCCUACCUGAAAGCCCUCAGCGUUCAGCAAUACACGGAAAUCAUGCUCGACGAAGCACAGAUGUUAAUCGAGGGAUCGGACACAUUCAGCAUCAUAGUUUCCCAACUACACAGAGAACUGGGUCGAAAGGUGGAAGCUCGGUAUCACGUCGAACAGAAACGCCGAAGUGGAGUGCUGGAUAAGACGUGUGAAAUUUAUAGUUUGUACUGCGACGCCCUUGCGGAAGGGAAUUGCAGUGACAACUCGAGACAACUAUGGCAAAGGUUGGUGCAUGAAAACAGACACGAAGGUCCCAGCCUAGAUAUCCAGAGUGUUACUUGGCCGAAAGCUGCGGUUAAUGGAGUGGGAAAAUUCUUGUAUAAUAUCCUUAAGAACGAUCUUAAGAUCAAUGUAAAUGCUACCUCCCGAGGGAACCGACAGGUAAAACUGGUUCCUGCCUUUUACUCGCUGUUCAGGUAUGAGGCGAAAUUAGCUAAGGAACAAAUAAAACCACACCCAGUUAUGAUUAAGCUUCAUCGAAAGUCCCAGCAAGAUAACCUCAAGUUCGAUAUUAAUUUAGUACCGAUGGUGUGUCCUCCCCAGCCUUGGAGUACACCGGUGAAUGGCGGAUAUGUUUUGGCAAAAUCAGAUCUCAUUCGAUUGCCUCAACAAGCUCACCAACAGUCCGAACGAAUCAGUGAGGCCAAUCCCCAGGAUAUGUACCCAACUCUGGAUGCACUCAAUCAGCUUGCAAGUAUCCCUUGGAAAAUCAACGGAGAAGUCCUGGAUAUAGUGCUGGAGGUGUUUAACAAGGGUGGUAAUGCAAAGCUCGACGUUCCAGAGCCACCCAGUUCACUACCUCCGAUUGUAGAUGCAAUACCUCGAGACAAAAUGACCGGCUUUGAUCGGUUCAAUAUGAUACGAAAAAAGAUGACUCAUCGCCGGAAACAGGGCGACAUGUAUAGUUUAUGGUGCGACGCUUUGUAUAGGCUUUCGUUGGCAAACCACUUUCGUGAUAAGGUAUUCUGGCUUCCACAGAACAUCGACUUCCGUGGUCGAGUUUAUCCCAUUCCACCACACUUGAAUCACUUGGGACACGAUCUAGCCCGCUGUUUGAUGGUCUUCCACCAAAAGAAACCUCUUGGACCUGAUGGUUUCAAUUGGCUUAAGCUACACUGUAUCAAUUUAACCGGAUUGAAGAAACGAGAUUCAGUUGAAGACCGGUUAAAAUAUGCAGACGAAAUAAUGGACGAUAUUUUGGACUCUGCAGAUCGUCCUUUGACUGGAAGAAUGUGGUGGAGUUCGUCCGACGAACCAUGGCAGACGUUAGCUUGUUGUAUAGAAAUCGCCAAAGUUCAUCGUUGCCCUGAUCCGGCCAAAUUUAUGAGCGGUUUCCCAAUCCAUCAAGAUGGGUCCUGUAACGGCCUCCAACACUAUGCAGCCCUUGGUCGUGAUACAGCAGGAGCGGUUAGUGUGAACCUCGCACCUUCUCAUGUACCCCAAGACGUUUAUAGUGCGGUAGUGGCCCUGGUGGAGGAAAGCCGCGCCAAGGAUACUGAAAACAACGUCAAGGUUGCUAAAAUCCUCGAAGGCUUCAUCACACGAAAAGUCAUCAAACAAACUGUGAUGACCACUGUUUACGGUGUAACCCGUUACGGCGCCCGAAAACAAAUCGCUCGUCAACUUGAAUACAUCGACGAGUUUCCAGAGGAAUGGGUCUGGCCUGCUUCCAGCUACCUAACAGUGAAAACCUUCAAUGCCCUGAGUGAAAUGUUCACCUCGGCGAAGGAAAUACAAGAUUGGUUUACCGAUUGUGCGCGGCUCAUUUCGGCCGUUUGCGGCCAGAACGUCGAAUGGAUCACCCCUCUUGGACUACCGGUAGUUCAACCCUACAAUCGCUCCGAUAGACCAAUUUCGUCUAAAACGGUUCAUUUUCCUGAACACUUUUCGAUGGACUCGUACGAAAAGCCCAACAUCAUGAAGCAGAAAAAUGCAUUCCCGCCCAACUUUGUGCACUCGCUGGACUCGAGCCACAUGAUGUUGACCUCGCUGUUCUGUGAACGGGCCGGAUUAACAUUCAUUUCUGUGCAUGAUUGCUACUGGACUCAUGCCUGCACGGUGCCCACGAUGAAUAAGAUAUGCCGUGAACAGUUUGUCGCCCUGCAUUCGGAACCGAUUCUCGAAGAUCUUUCCAAUUUUCUGGCACAAAAGUAUAGCUACAAUGAAAGUGAAAUCACCAAUGAUGGAUCGGUGAUAGAUCUGACUAAACGUAAACUGAACCGCAUACUGCACCAAUAUCCGGACAAGGGAGACUUCGAUCUGCGGCAAGUGUUGAAGUCGGUGUACUUCUUCAGCUAAAGGUGCAUAAUGCAAAAAAAAUCUUACUAGGGAUAUAUAGGGGUAAGGUUAGAGUCUAGUCAGUUGUGAUUUGUGCAUUCGAUCGAAACUCGCCAAGUGUUUUUUACUUGGCCUCCGAACAGUUGGUAAGUUGAACCAUUGUGAUUGUAGCGAUUGUUUAUCGCUCAUUUUUUUUAACUCGCCGCCCUAAUCAUUUACAUAAGGCUUUAUGUGGUAGCAAGCAGGACUGAUACAGAAUAAAGUGUUGUAUGCAUCG